UAUGUGUCUAAUGAUUGUUCCGUUUGUUUCAACAAAUACUAAGUGUUAUAACAAAACACAAACACUUAAACAGUUUGCUUACGAGUCGUCAAUAAUGACUCAAUCAUUGAAUCAUUGAAUGACUGACUCGUGAAUGACUUUGCGUUUAAAUAUAUGAUUCAAUUGAAGACCAAAUCAAUUGUCAGUUGAAAAUCAUUGAAACAAUUAGUAAAUCAUUUAGACUGUUGACCACAUCGACAGUCAACCGCUAAAAUGUUGAUUAGAGUGGAGACACCCGAAGGCACCAAAAGAGUUGAGACCACUGAAGAUGAAUCCACUGAAUGUCUCAUUAAAAAAAUUCAAAGCGUCUUUACUAUCAAUGAUUUAUUUAGUUUUAAAGUAUUUAAAGACAGAUCACAUAGCAUUCAAAUACCAUUAUUAGAGAGAAAAACAGUGAAGGAGUUCGGCCUAAAACACGGAGACUUUGUAUACGUUGUGUUCAACAAAAAUGAUGAACAAAUGGCAGACAGAGAACAACCAUCGACUUCGAGUCACAACAGCAGUCAUACGACUGAUAAUCAUAUUAGUGAAAGUCUUAGAAAUAGUAUAUUAGGAUCCAAUUCUGGAGUAACUGAAGAUGAUGUGGACGCCCAUCUCUACGGUCAAACUGGUGGUAUUGAAAGACCUCCAACAGCUGACUGUCGUCACGGCGCUAACGCCAAGUGUGUCCACUGCACGUCUAUUGAACCGUACGAUGAAAGCUAUUUGAAAGAACAUAAUAUUAAACACAUGUCUUUCCAUUCCUAUCUCAAGAAACUCACAAAUGGUAUCGAUAGGGGAAAGUUUGCUAUAUUAGAAAACAUAAGCUGCAAAAUAAAGCCGGGGUGUGCGGGACACGCUCCCUGGCCACAAGGAAUAUGUACCAAAUGCCAACCGAGUGCUAUCACUCUUAACCGACAAGUGUACCGACACGUCGAUAACGUUGAGUUUGAAAAUCCGGAGACAGUUAAUAACUUUAUAAACUAUUGGCGACAAACUGGCUUUCAAAGGGUCGGCUUUCUCUAUGGCUAUUAUAGUGUCCAUAAAGAUGUGCCGCUUGGCAUCAAAGCAACAGUUGUUGCCAUUUAUGAACCGCCACAGGAAUGCAAUCGGGAUUUCAUUAAACUGAUGACUCCCGAUAAUAACUGCAAAGUAGCCGAGUUUAUUGCCAGUCAAUUAGGUCUUCAACGCAUCGGUUGGAUAUUUACUGAUCUUAUACCAGAAGAUAAUCAAAAAGGAACCGUUAAAUACUUGCGAAAUAUGAACACAUACUUCUUGAGCGCUCAGGAGUGCAUUAUGGCUGGAUUUCUACAGAACAGUCAUCCAAAUAAAUGCCGUUAUUCUCCCGACGGAUCAUUUGGUUCUAAGUUUGUAACUGUAUGUGUGACGGGUGAUGGAGAUAAUGCCAUUCAUAUGGAGGGAUAUCAAGUUUCUAAUCAAUGUAUGGCUUUAGUUCGCGACAAUUGUUUAUUACCGACACGUGAUGCGCCUGAAUUAGCGUAUGUCCGCGAGUCAAGUGCCGAACAAUAUGUUCCCGAUGUAUACUAUAAAGAAAAAGAUAUGUAUAAUAAUGAAGUGCAGAGAUUGGCCCGACCUCUACCUAUUGAAUACUUGUUAGUCGACGUUCCCGUCUCAUCUCCAAUGCAUCCCAAAUAUACUUUUAAUCCAUUGGAACAAAUGGAAAGGUUUCCUAUAGAGAACCGUCAUAUUGCCGGACAUUUACAGGAUUUCAAUUCUCUAUCUAAAUAUUUGCGACAAUUUGGUGGAAAUCAUUUCCUCGAAGCCAUGUCUGACUUCCAUUUGCUUAUAUAUAUCGCUACUAUGGAUGCCUUACCACUAAAGAACUCAAUGGAACCAUUGCUUGAAGCUAUCAAGAAAUCAAGUGAAGAAUUGGCUAAUAAAUGGGCUCACAGUGAACAAUGGGCUACUGUUGAACAACUGGUUCUGGCCAACACUUCGGGCCCAUCGACAUCAGUGAUGAAUAGCAUUACCGCUAAUGAAGCCAAUGUUGGUCUGUCAGCACCUAAUGGUACUAAAUGGUCGUGUGCUUAUUGCACAUUUGAAAAUGAUGAUAACAAAAACACGUGUGAAAUGUGUAGUUUACCCAAAGAAACCUAAUUGAGAUGAAUUCAAUUGAUAAUUAAAUUAAAUAUAUAAAAAAUAUUAAAUUAAUA